AGGCCACUAAUGCUGGAAAAAGUACAGAGUCCAGGGAAGGACUUACUUGUAACUUUUUGAAUUCUUAGAUUUCUUUUUUUUUUUUUUUUGCUACUUUUUUAACUUUCACUAAAGGUUACUGUAGUCUUGUGUGACCUCCCAAGGGCUACAAAAUUUGACAAGCUGCACUUUUUCUUAUACUCAAUGAUUUCUGCGUUAAACCAAAGGAUCACCUAUAAUUUUACUAAGAAUGUCUUCUAAUUCGGAUACUGGAAAUUUGCAAGAUUCUCUAAAGCACGGACUUACACCUAUUGUGUCUCAGUUUAAAAUGGUGAAUUACUCUUACGAUGAAGAUCUUGAAGAGCUCUGUCCGGUGUGUGGAGAUAAAGUGUCUGGAUACCAUUAUGGGCUCCUCACCUGUGAAAGCUGCAAGGGAUUUUUUAAGCGAACAGUCCAAAAUAAUAAAAGGUACACAUGUAUAGAAAACCAGAACUGCCAAAUUGAUAAAACACAGAGAAAGCGUUGUCCUUACUGUCGAUUUCAAAAAUGUCUAAGUGUUGGAAUGAAACUAGAAGCGGUAAGGGCUGACCGAAUGCGUGGGGGAAGGAAUAAAUUUGGGCCAAUGUACAAGAGAGACAGGGCCCUAAAGCAACAGAAGAAAGCCCUCAUCCGAGCCAAUGGACUUAAGCUAGAAGCCAUGUCUCAGGUGAUCCAAGCAAUGCCCUCCGAGCUCACCAUCUCUUCUGCAAUUCAGAACAUCCAUUCUGCCUCCAAAGGCCUACCUCUGAACCACGCUGCCUUGCCUCCUACAGACUACGACAGAAGUCCCUUUGUAACAUCCCCCAUUAGCAUGACAAUGCCACCUCUCGGCAGCCUGCAAGGUUACCAAACCUACAGUCACUUUCCUAGCCGGGCCAUCAAGUCUGAGUACCCAGACCCCUACACCAGCUCACCAGAGUCCAUAAUGGGCUAUUCCUACAUGGAUAGUUACCAGACAAGCUCCCCGGCAAGCAUCCCCCAUCUGAUCCUGGAACUUCUGAAGUGUGAGCCAGAUGAGCCUCAAGUCCAGGCCAAAAUUAUGGCCUAUUUGCAGCAAGAGCAGGCCAACCGAAGCAAGCAUGAAAAGCUGAGCACGUUUGGGCUUAUGUGCAAAAUGGCUGACCAAACCCUCUUCUCCAUCGUCGAGUGGGCCAGGAGUAGUAUCUUCUUCCGAGAACUUAAGGUUGAUGACCAAAUGAAGCUGCUCCAGAAUUGCUGGAGUGAGCUCUUAAUUCUCGACCACAUUUACCGACAAGUGGUACAUGGAAAAGAAGGGUCAAUCUUCCUGGUUACUGGGCAACAAGUGGACUAUUCUAUAAUAGCAUCCCAAGCCGGGGCCACCCUCAACAAUCUCAUGAGUCAUGCACAGGAGUUAGUGGCAAAGCUUCGCUCUCUACAGUUUGAUCAACGAGAGUUUGUGUGUCUGAAAUUCUUGGUGCUCUUUAGUUUAGAUGUCAAAAACCUUGAGAACUUCCAGCUGGUAGAAGGUGUCCAGGAACAAGUCAAUGCCGCCCUGCUGGACUAUACAAUGUGCAACUACCCACAGCAAACAGAGAAAUUUGGGCAGCUACUUCUUCGAUUACCUGAAAUCCGGGCCAUCAGCAUGCAGGCUGAAGAAUACCUCUACUAUAAGCACCUGAACGGGGAUGUGCCCUAUAACAACCUCCUCAUUGAAAUGUUGCAUGCAAAAAGAGCUUAGGUUGCCAGCCCUCAAAGCUCUGCUUUCAAAACGAAAAAGAUAUUGGAAGGGAGGGAAGAGGAACAGGAAGAAAGACAGAAAGGAAAAAAAAAAAAAAAAAAGAAGGAAACAAUACUCUGAACUGCUCCAAGCAACACUAAUUAAAGACUUGGUGUAAGGAUAUUGAGUUUAAAAAGGCAUAAUAAUCAAAUACUUAAUAGCAAGUAAAUGACGUAUCAGGGUAUUUGUAUCUGCAAACUGUGAAUCAAAAGCUUCACAUCCCCAAAGGAUUCCACAUAAAAGACAUUGUGACUGGAGUGGAUUGAACUCACGGGUGGAUACCGACACAAUAGCAGAAUAACAAUGGACGGAACUAUUCUUGUAUAUUUAAACCGAUCUCCGCUGUGAAGAAAUUUAGGAACUGAUCUGUGUUAUUAAUUAGGCUUAUACAGCAGGGGAUUCGAGCUUACAGAAAUGCCUCCAUGGUUAAGCUGAACCAAACUCAAAAACCCAUCAGCUGCACCUGUACUAGCCCUUCCUUCCCUCUUCCUUUCAAGGACCCAGCACCUUCUGUCCUGUGAUCAUGGGCUUGUGCUCAGCCACACCCACUAGUAGCUCCACCAAAUCAUGAAAAGCCUAAUUUUGAAUGUCUGUGUCUUAGACCUGCAAACAGCUGAUAAGAACAGUCUAGAAUAGGUUAGCUUGCCAUUUUAAGUAUGUUCUGGUUUGUUUUGUCAUGUGUUCAUAAUGUCAAAAAAAAAUAAAUUAGAAGCAGGCAGUAUCCCUCUUCUGAUCUUAUAGAAGCAUUAAUCAAUAUUAAGGGAAAGGACUACAAACCUAAAGCAAAUGCUCCAUAGCUAAGGCACGCUAGACCUUAAUUUCUGCUACUGUUACUGAGACGUGGCUUUGGCGUCGUCCGACUUCAUAGAAAUCUCUUGCCGGAAGGCUUGUUAGGGUACCUCCGUCUUUUUAGCCAUCGACGUUUGUAGUUCAUUUAGAAAGAAAACCCAAAAUGUAUUUUACUGGGAUGUCAAGUAGUCACCGUGCUAAGUAGUUUAAAGCUGAAGCAUGUUAAGCUAUGCAAAAGGAAAGGAAAGGGUGAGCUAAUAAACUGCCCCAAGUCUCCUUGCUUGUUGGCGAUUGAACGUACCCUAGGCGUAGAACGGCAGCAGUGAUGCUCACAUAUGGACUUGGAAGGAUGCUAAAGCAGUUCCCACCUUCCCCGAAAGGGAAAGGAAGAGCGUGAUACUGACCUGAGUCCUAGACCAAAGUCUGCUCUAGAACAAACACUGAAGGACAAAGAAUUGCAAAACCAAUCCUCCAAAACAACGUUAGCAGUAUUAUUGACACGCAAUGCCACAGGUAUGGAAGUCUUGCCUUAUUUCACAAUUCCGAGAGGUAGCUGUGCAGAUGUGGAUCAACAUUGGUUUGAAAUAAAGUAUUAAUACUUUAAAGUCAAAUAAAAGAUAGUGUUUACAUUCUUUAGGUCCUG